UAGCUAUUAUUUUUUCAUCCUCCAAAAGCGAAAGUAAAACAAGCAGUUUCUCGCGAUCCCGCGUUGUCAUAAGUUACGUUAGUAGUGAAUGCCAACAUUGCAUCUAUAACCGUCACGAUGAAUAUCAUUGCUCUCUGGUAACAUGGAUGAUGUAGACUUGAAUUCCCCCAACGUAGGGGUUGAUGGUACCCACAUUCAUCCAUGGGACCUGAUUCUUCAUGGACUUUCCCAGGAACUGGACUCGGAUCCAAGUCUUUUACAGGAGGUGUGUCAACGUGCAGCACAGGACCUGGGUCCAGCAUUUGCACAGGGCAUUCGGAAUGCGGACGAUUUUUUCAAGGCUUUAGAAAACAACUUGAGUAACGAAGAAGCAUUGAUUCUUGACUACUUGAUAGCUUUAGUAGACAUUGUUAAUUUACACAGCCAUCAGGGAACUCGACCAUUUAAAAAUGUUUUAAUUGAAUAUAAAAAUAAGUUAACCAAAUACAGAGAGGAUUGCGCACGAAUUUCCGUUUCAAGGACCGAAGAAUUCAUAGGCAGAGAAGCAGAUCUAAAAAAUAUAGAAGUAAACUUAAAAGGAGACAAAUACCAAGGUGUUGCUGUCUGUGGAAUGGGUGGGAUGGGAAAAACAAGUUUAGCCACUGAAGUUUGUUACAGACUACAGCAUGCUAGACAGAAUUGGCAUGUUAAGACUAUAGACAUGAGAGAGAAGGAGGACUUGGUUGACUUGCUGAGAGACCUGGUGAGUGAGGUGGGCCAGGAGUGUAAUAGUGCGGAAGUAAAGGAACUCUACCAGGAGUUGUUCACUGGAUUGAGAAGCUUGAAAACAAGGACUAUUUUCUUCAUGGAUAACCUGGACGACAUGAUGAAGAGUCGUAAGGCGAAAGCUGAGCUGCUUCGCUUUUUGGAUAAAUUCACUUCAGAUAUCAGAGUCUUGGACACAGAGGUUCGAAUUUUGCUCACUGUGAGACAAAAACUGGUCCUUGAGGAGGAAUUAAAUACAACGUUAAACAAAAAAAUCUCUAGAAACAUUGAGAGAUUUGGCAGUAAAUUGUUUGAACUAGAACUACAAAGACUGAGUCAGCAAGAUGGGGUUCACCUGUUCAAAGCCUGCUGCAGCAGACCAUUUACUCCUCCACCAGACAAUGAAGUCUGCCAGAAGAUUGUGGAAUUGUGUGGGGGAAGUCCAUUGGCCAUCAAAUCUGUUGGGGCUGCCAUCAGAAGUGGCAUGGUUAAUGCUGAAAUGCUGGCCAAAAAACUGGAAAAGGAUUUCCCUGGCCUACAAAUGGAGAGCAAAUGUCUUACCCAGACAUUCGAAACCUUGGACAAGAGCAAGCAAGACCUGCUAGUAAAGUUGCACGUAUUGGGAACAGCUAAAUUCGAUCUGCAAACUGCAGCAUAUGUGUUGGGUGAGAAGAGUAUGGAUGAUGACCAUCCAAUAAUGUUAGAAACGAAUGUAAAUAUGAUUUAUUUGAAGAGCCGUCAUUUUGUUGAGGUGGAUGAUUUGAGUAGGGAGGAGACAGAAGACAUUGAUACAGCCUCGAAGAAAGUGAGAUUUUCAUUACAUCCACUAGUUUGUGAGUUUCUCUGCCAAAUUGCUAAACAUGAAGUGUUUGAAGCACCAGUUAAUGAGGCCAAAUGUUUAUUCAUUGAUUAUGUAGAGAAGAAAAACAGUAAAAUUUUUGAGAAAUUCGAGAAAAAUUGUGUCAAAGCUUGGAAAGAAUUGAAAGAUUUCAAGUUUCACCUGAAGACAUAUUAUGAUUUGAUCCAGAAGAUCCACCCUGAUUUGCUGAAAUCGAAGAAGAGUUCAAGGUCAAUUCUGACUUGCAAACGAAUUUCAGAAGUAGCAGAUCUGUUUCUUGAAGAUUAUAUAAAGUUUAAACUCUUGGGCAAAUUCAUUGAACACUCAAAGAUGAGAGGGGAUUUUUUGGAAACUGCAUUAUGGCAAGUAUUUCUGGGAAGAAAAUUUUUUGAGAGUGACAGAAAUGAAAUAGCAGAGAACAUUUUGAAUUGUAUAUUGAAUGAAACACUACCAAGCAUUUCUCCUACCACUGGUAAUCUGGAGCCAUAUGUUGAAGUUGCAGGGGCUGUCUUUUAUUUUGCUGGGAAGCUAUGUCUCAAAGACCGAAAAUAUGUUGAGGCGCAGUAUUAUUUUGAAGAAGUUAAACAACUAUGGGGAAAAAAACUUGAAAAAGCUGUUAGAAACAAAUACAAGAUAGAUUUGGCAUUGGUUUACAAUUCUUUGGGGAAAGUGUAUGCAAAUUUGACCCCACCAAGUCUUCAACAAUCAAAAUACAAUCAUUUAAAGGCGUUUCUCUAUGCACAUAGCGUAUCCACCAACUUUAGCAACAUAGAUAUCCCAUUAUACAUUCACAAUAUUGGAAAAUGUUUGUACAGAGAGGGCCUUGAGCUGGAAAAAAGAGCUGAAAAAGUCUGGGCUAAAAAGUGCUUUAGAGAUGCAGAAAACUAUUAUCAACAAGCAAUCAGAUUGUUCAUUCAUUUCAAGAUGGAAAAGUUUGACAGCUUUGCAGAAGUCCAGCGAUCACUUGCUUUUGUCGAAAUGAAGUUGAGACAGAUGGGGCUGGCUGAGGACAACAUUGUAAAAGCGUAUGAGUUGAGGAAACUUGUGAUGUCACCUCCUCAUGAACUAAUAACCCUAACAGUACACGAUGUGGCCACUGUUCGGAUAGAAAGGGCCAUCUAUAUGUACUGGGACUACUUUCAGAACAAAUUAGGAGACAAAUAUGAACCCAUUAACAAGCUAUAUGAGGCCAUUUCUGACUAUGAGCAUGCAAUGCACUUGACAAAACUCGGAGGUCUGCCCAUGAACCAUCCAGAAUACCAGCUGAUGAAGGACAAUCAUAUGUGGGCAUUAACACAAGUCAGAGAAACUAAGAAAAUAGCCAAAGCUGUCCAGUUCUAUAAGGACUUUGAGAGUGGAAAGUUUGAGGGGACUCGAAAGAAGAGAAGAAGCAAGAAAGAAACAACAAAAUUUGUCUACACGUAUGAUGAACUACAGACCAUGCUCAGAGCAGGUGCUUUUACUGGAGCGAAGGUUUCUGCAGCUUCAUCUUCAGAUGAUGAUUAUUAUUCUUCUGAUGAUGAUGAUAGUGAUAAUUCACCACCUCCCCAGUUGCCCCUUCAAAGUGACUCCACCAAGAAGGACCCAAUUUUUAAUUUGCGACGAACAAGGAUAAACUUCAACUAUGUGUUUAGAGAAUGUCCAGAAAAGGAACAAGUAAAGUAUGGAGAUUUGACUGGAGAUGAUUAUUUUAUUGAGGAGGACUUUAAAGAAGUCAGUUUACUGGAGGAUUCCAAUGCUUGUGAAGAGCUGAUGAAAGAGUCGGAGGACAUGGAUGUUGAUAACAUCGAUGAUGAUGACACUGAUCUGAUGUCUCUACCGCAAAAGGAAGGAUCUAUGCAAAGUCUGGUAAGAAGAACUAGUGACAUUUCAGUUUCUUCUCAAGACUCAUUAGAAGAAGAUGAUAUAGAAGCAAAAAGAAAGCGGUUUGCUAGGAAAGGUUCCAGAGAGAGUUCUUUACAGGAUUUCCUGGAGGACAGACUGAGUGAAUCAAAGAUGGUCACAAAAGGAAGACUAGCGUCCACCUCCUCCACAUCCAUUGAUGUCAGCAUUGACGAGGAGUCAGCAUAUGGAGUAGAGAGAAAUCCAGGACUAGUGAGGUUGAAGAAAAUUAUUCACGAAUGUUUUGCAGAGCAGGAGGCAGCACAGAAAGAGGCCAAACUGAAGCGAACAAGAAUGCAGAGACAACCAACCAUCAAUGAGGAACCGGAUGGGGUUGGUGGUACCCAUAUUCAUCCAUGGGACCUGAUUCUUCAUGGACUUUCCCAGGAACUGGACUCGGAUCCAAGUCUUUUACAGGAGGUGUGUCAACGUGCAGCACAGGAUGUGGGUCAAGUAUUUGAACAAGGCAUUCAGAAUGCGGACGUUUUUUUCAAGGCUCUGGAAAACAACUUGAGUAACGAUGAAGCAUUGAUUCGUGACUAUUUGAUAGCUUUAGUAGAAAUUGUUAAUUUACACAGCCAUCAGGGAACUCAGCCAUUUAAAAAUGUCUUAGUUGAAUAUGAAAAUAAAUUAACCAAGUACCGAGAGGAUUGCACGCGAAUUUCCGUUUCAAGGACUGAAGAAUUCAUAGGCAGAGAAUUGGACCUAAAAAAUGUAGAAGUAAACUUAAAAGGAAAAAAAUAUUUAGGUGUUGCUGUCUGUGGAAUGGGUGGGAUGGGAAUAAGUUUAGCCACUGAAGUUUGUUACAGACUACAGCACGCUAGACAAAAUUGGCAUGUUAAGACUAUAGACAUGAGAGAGAAGGAGGACUUGGUUGACUUGCUGAGAGACCUGGUGAGUGAGAUGGGCCAGGAGUGUAAUAGUGCGGAAGUAAAGGAACUCUACCAGGAGUUGUUCACUGGAUUGAGAAGCUUGAAAACAAGGACUAUUUUCUUCAUGGAUAACCUGGACGACAUGAUGAAGAGUCGUAAGGCGAAAGCUGAGCUGUUUCCCUUUUUGGAAAAAUUCACUUCAGAUAUCAGAGUCUUGGACACAGAGGUACCGUAUAAUACUGCCAAUUAUGCCGAAACUUACAUUUAUAAAGAAGAAAAUAAGUAUACAGUUAUUUUCCCUACAUCCAGUUCACUGUUUCAGCCUCCACCAGAUAAUGACGUCUGCCAGAAGAUUGUAGAAUUGUGUGGGGGAAGUCCAUUGGCCAUCAAAUCUGUUGGGGCUGCCAUCAGAAGUGGCAUGGUUAAUGUUGAAAUGCUGGCCAAAAAACUGGAAAAAGAUUUCCCUGGCCUACAAAUGGAGAGCAAAUGUCUUACCCAGACAUUCGAAACCUUGGACAAGAGCAAGCAAGACAUACUGGUAAAGUUGCACGUAUUGGGAACAGCUAAAUUCGAUCUGCCAACUGCAGCAUAUGUGUUGGGUGAGAAGAGUAUGGAUGAUGACCAUCCAAUAGUGAUAGAAACGAAUGUAAAUAUGAUUUAUUUGAAGAGCCGUCAUUUUGUUGAGGUGGAUGAUUUGAGUAGGGAGGAGACAGAAGACAUUAAUACAGCCUCGAAGAAAGUGAGAUUUUCUUUGCAUCCACUAGUUUGUGAGUUUCUCUGCCAAAUUGCUAAACAUGAAGUGUUUGAAGCACCAGUUAAUGAGGCCAAACAUUUAUUUAUCGAUUAUGUAGAGAAGAGAAGCAGUAAAAAUUUUGAGAAAUUCGAGAAAAAUUGUGUCAAAGCUUGGAAAGAAUUGAAAGAUUUCAAGUUUCACCUGAAGACAUAUUAUGAUUUGAUCCAGAAGAUCCACCCUGACUUGCUGAAAUCGAAGAAGAGUUCAAGGUCAAUUCUGACUUGCAAACAAAUUUCAGAAGUAGCAGAUCUGUUUCUUGAAGAUUAUGCAAAGUUCAAACUCUUGGGCAAAUUCAUUGAGCACUCUAUUCUGAGAGGGGAUUUUUUGGAAACUGCAUUAUGGCAAGUAUAUCUGGGAAGAAAUUUUUUUGAGAGUGACAGAAAUGAAAUAGCAGAGAACAUUUUGAAUUGUAUAUUGAAUGAAACACUACCAAGCAUUUCUCCUACCACUGGUAAUAUGGAGCCAUAUGUUGAAGUUGCAGGGGCUGUCUUUUAUUUUGCUGGGAAGCUAUGUCUCAAAGACCGAAAAUAUGCUGAGGCGCAGUAUUAUUUUGAAGAAGUUAAACAACUAUGGAAAAAACUUGAAAAAGCUGUUAGAAACAAAUACAAGAUAGAUUUGGCAUUGGUUUACAAUUCUUUGGGGAAAAAUAUUGGAAAAUGUCUGUACAGAGAGGGCCUUGAACUGGAAAAAAGAGCUGACAAAGUCUGGGCUGAAAAGUGCUUUAGAGAUGCAGAAAACUAUUAUCAACAAGCAAUCAGAUUGUUCACUCAUUUCAAGAUGGAAAAGUUUGACAGCUUUGCAGAAGUCCAGCGAUCACUUGCUUUUGUAGAGAUGAAGUUGAGACAGAUGGGGCUGGCUGAGGACAACAUUGUAGAAGCGUAUGAGUUGAGGAAAAAGAUUAUAUCACCUCCUCAUGAACUAAUAACCCUGACAGUACAUGACGUGGCCACUGUUCAGAUAGAAAGAGCCAUCUAUAUGUACUGGGACUACUUUCAGAACAAAUUAGGAAACAAAUAUGAACCCAUUAACAAGCUAUAUAAGGCCAUUUCUUACUAUGAGCAUGCAAUGCACUUGACAAAGCUUGGAGGUCUGCCCAUGAACCAUCCAGAAUACCAGCUGAUAAAAGACAAUCAUUUGUGGGCAUUAACACAAGUCAGAGAAACUAAGAAAAUAGCCAAAGCGCUCCAGUUCUAUAAGGACUUUGAGAGUGGAAAGUUUGAGGCGACUCGAAAGAAGAGAAGAAGCCAGAAAGAAACAACAAAAUUUGUCUACACGUAUGAUGAACUACAGACCAUGCUCAGAGCAGGUGCUUUUACCGGAGCGAAGGUUUCUGCAGCUUCAUCUUCAGAUGAUGAUUAUUCUGAUGAUGAUCUCGAUGACAGUGAUAAAUCACCACCUCCCCAGUUGCCCCUUCAAAGUGACUCCACCAAGAAGGACCCAAUGUUUAAUUUGCUACGAACAAGGAUAAACUUCAACUAUGUGUUCAGAGAAUGUCCAGAAAAGGAACGAGUUAAGUAUGGAGAUUUGACUGGUGAUGAUUAUUUUAUUGAGGAGGACUUUAAAGAAAUCAGUUUACUGAAGGAUUUCAAUGCUUGUGAAGAGCUGAUGAAAGAGGAGGAGGAUAUGGAUGUUAACCUUGAUGAUGAAGACACUGAUAUGAUGUCUCUGUCGCAAAAGGAUGGAUCUAUGCAAAGUCUCAGGAGAAGAACUAGUGACAUUUCAGUUUCUCCACAAAGCUCAUUAGAAAAGGGCGAUAUGGAAGCGAAAGGAAAGCGGUUUGCGAGGGAAUAUUCCAGUUCUUUACAGGAUUUCCUGGAGGACAGACUGAGUGAAUCAAAGAAGAUCACAAAAGUGAGAUUAGCGUCCACCUCCUCCACAUCCAUUGAUGUCAGCAUUGACGAGGAGUCAGCAUAUGGAGUAGAGAGAAAUCCAGGACUAGUGAGGUUGAAGAAAAUUAUUCACGAAUGUUUUGCAGGAAAGGAGCAGGAGGCAGCACAGAAAGAGGCCAAACUGAAGAGACCAAUGUUGCAGAAACAACCAACCAUCAAUGAGGAACCGGAUGACACAAGUCAGCCAGUGGACACAAAGCAAAAGACAACAAAGAGAAGGAGAUCAAAAUAGUGACUUUGCACCUGCUUUCUUUUCAAGAUAAAGAAUAGCAUUGGGUUGCAAGCUAAUUUAUGAUAAAUAUCUUAUGAUAUCAAUGCAGAGUUUUUAAACUGGCGGAAUUUGCUUUUUAAAAUGGCCACGGAGAACGCGUCAAUUUUUCAAAGUUAUCUGAUCUCAACAAAACUUUUUCAUGUAGGGGUAGUUUUUUAAAAGUUUGGCUGUCAAAACAUGUUAAAUAUCUCAAUAAACUUCAAUGUAUAUCGAGGAACCCCUUCCCAAGUUUUUACAGGGGGUUCUGAAAUGCUUUUUAAGGCAUUAAUUCACGUGCUGAUGAGGAUACAAAAACUUUGCUUUACAGAAAACACCCGGCCCGGCCCAAUUUAUUAAUGUCCUAUAUCAACAAAAUUUUGUAUGAUGGGGUAUUUGAAGAUAGGGAAUAAAAUAAUGAACUCGACCGAAACAUGUCAAAUUUCUGAAUUAAACAAUAAUGCAGAGGAGAACCCCCGCCUAAUUUUUAUUCCUGCCUUUAUAGGUACUUUCAGUAUUCCAUAUGCUAUUUGGGAUACAAUGAAACUAAAGUUACUGUAUAGGGAAACCCCUGUCCAAAUUUGUAAAGUUUUCAGUGUUGUCUGCUCUCAACCAAAUUUGGUAACCAAUAACGUAGGCUAGUUGAGGAUAGGAAAUAAAAUGGUGACCUGGAAACGGCUGCCAUUUUCAAAAAUGGCCGCUAAAUACGCAUCAAAUUUUCAACAUUUUACGAUCUGAAUGAAAUUUAGAAAGAUGGGGUAGUUGAGGAUGGUGCAUUAAAUAGUAAAUCCAAAAUCAUCAUUAUAUUGAAAACAAUUUCAAUGGCUUCAUAUAUUAUUUGUAUC